AUGUAUUCCCAGUACCAACUCAACACCCAACCACUUGCAUCGAGCUCUCAGCCUCAGGCUGCACCGUCGACCUCGUAUACUAGUACUAGGCAACAUAACUCGGGGCUUCCAUCCCCUUUGUUGUCCCCCCCUUCAGGAAGGGCGGUGCUUCAUCCAGAGAGAGGGACAGCUCUCAUUGGGCGCCCAAUAUAUUUUCAAUCGGGCCCCUAUGUCGGCCGAACCAUACGCACGGAACUUCAUGAAAUUCAAAAAGCUGAUCUUGGUCGAAAAUACGCGAGGGUCGAUCGACGGCCUCUCGAUCCCCCACCCGUAGUUUUGCUCAAGAUGUUCGAGGUGCACAACGCUGGUACUGAUAGAGAACAAGAAGAAGAAAUGGAAUACGAUGAUGUCCAAGUCCUUGGGUUACUCUGCACAGUAGAUUUGUUUCCGGUACCUGGUCCGGAUUCAUUAGCCGAGCAUACGAGCCCCCGUCACAGUGGCAAAACAUCCUCGGCUCCCGCGACACAUAGCAGAUUUGUGUCUUCAUCUCCUUCACCAUCUUCACCAUCAGGUUCGCCUUAUGGUCAACAAUCUCAACAGACACAUGGAUACACUCAUAGCCCCACUCCUGGCGCCUCUUCUUCGUAUAGCCGAUUUUCAAAGGGCCUUCCAAGUCACUUUUCUGGAUAUAUGAUGCCUUCAGAUGCAUCCACGGAUAUAGUUCACUAUGUGGAUGGUUAUCCGAUUACUGAAAAUUCGAAGCAAACACAAGCGCUUGUGGGUGCGACCUUUGUACAACCAGUGGUAAUGGAUUACCAGGGCAGCAAGGCGAUAAUAUUUGUCUUCGCUGAUCUGGCUGUCAAGAUUGAAGGUUACUUCAUCCUCCGCUAUCGCGCCUUCGAUAUUUUUGCCCGGCCGUACAGUAAUACCAACGACCUUGCCAUUUCCUCUGAAUGCUAUGGAGGGAUGUUCCGUGUCUAUUCGACGAAAGAAUUUCCGGGACUAUCAGCGUCCACAGAAUUAACCAAGCGUUUGUCGCUUUGGGGUGUCCGACUUAACAUUCGUGUAUCUGAGAGGAGGAGGCGAAAAAGGCCAGCUUCUGACGGUAGAAGGAGUCCGACGCCAGAGCCUCGCGCUCUUCGAAGUGGCGACGAUGAUUAG